AUGACUUUAAAACUGCAUUACUUACAUGAACAUAUUCAGAAUUAUCUACAUUUGAAGAGCAAAGGCUUUUAUUUAAGCUAAAUCUCUCUUCUACAUCGUAACUCUUGUUGUUAUUAUUGGUUAUCUCACUCACAAUAUUAUAUAUCAGUUAGCUUUAUCUUUCACUAUUAUUUUCUGUCUUAUUAUUAUUUUAUUGCUUGUAAUUUAAUGAUUAAUAUGUAAUAUUAGAUGGUUUUAUUAUUUCAAGUAUAAGUACUCCUAAAGAAUAAACAUCUACUUUAUUAUUAAGAAAAUCAAAUUUCUAAUUUUCAUCAUUUAAAAACCACUGCAACUCAGGAGAAAUAUAUUUCUUAUCAAAACUAUCAGGUAUCUAUCUAGAUUUUAAUUAAGCAAAUUAAUCAAAGAAAGAAAGUUUGUAAAUUCCAUCUUCUGAUUUGA